CGGAGAGAGCCGAGUAGAGCCGGAGAAGCCCGAGUAUGACUGGAGAAGCGCAGACCGGCCGGAAGCGGAGCCGAGCGCGGCCGGAAGGAGCCGAGCCAGUCCGAAAGGAGCUGAGCGCGCCUGGGCGUUGGGCCCGGCGGAGCCCGCGCCAUGGCGGCAGAGGGGACAACUGUGGCCGAAGGCGGGGUUGUCGGCGGUCGCCUGGCCAAGGAUGGCUUGUGGCAGUCUAAGUCCCCGGACGCGGCUCCGACCCGGCGGCGCGCCUCCUCGUUAUCGCGUGACGCCGAGCGCCGAGCCUACCAAUGGUGCCGGGAGUACCUAGGCGGGGCCUGGCGCCAAGUGCGGCCGGAGGAGCUGAGGGUUUGCCCUGUGAGGUGGGAGCGGAGGUCUCAGCAACUUGCUCUUCCGCUGCUCGCUCCCGGACCACCUGCCCAGCGUUGGCGAGGAGCCCCGGGAGGUGCUGCUACGGCUGUAUGGGGCCAUCCUGCAGGGUGUGGACUCCUUGGUCCUAGAAAGCGUGAUGUUUGCCAUUCUUGCAGAGCGGUCACUGGGUCCCCAGCUCUAUGGAGUCUUUCCAGAGGGCCGGCUGGAACAGUACCUCCCAGUUCCUGGGUGCAGAGCCGACCAUUGAAAACUCGAGAGCUUCGAGAGCCAGUGUUAUCAGCAGCCAUUGCCACCAAGAUGGCCCGAUUCCAUGGCAUGGAGAUGCCUUUCACCAAGGAGCCCUACUGGCUAUUUGGGACCAUGGAACGGUACCUAAAACAGAUCCAGGACUUGCCUUCCACUGGUCUCCUCCAGAUGAACUUGCUGGAGAUGUACAGCCUGAAGGAUGAGAUGGGCAACCUCAGGAAAUUACUAGACUCUACGCCAUCGCCAGUGGUCUUCUGCCACAAUGACAUCCAAGAAGGGAACAUCUUGUUGCUCUCAGAGCCUGAAAAUGCUGACAGUCUCAUGCUGGUUGAUUUCGAGUACAGCAGUUAUAACUACAGAGGCUUUGACAUUGGGAACCAUUUUUGUGAGUGGGUUUAUGAUUAUACUCAUGAGGAAUGGCCUUUCUACAAAGCUCGGCCUACAGACUACCCUACCCGGGGACAGCAGCUCCAUUUUAUUCGCCAUUACCUGGCAGAAGUGAAGAAAGGCGAGACCUUGUCCCGAGAAGAACAGAAAAAACUGGAGGAAGAUUUGCUGGUAGAAGUCAGUCGGUAUGCUCUGGCAUCCCAUUUCUUCUGGGGGCUGUGGUCCAUCCUUCAGGCAUCCAUGUCUACAAUAGAAUUUGGUUACUUGGAGUAUGCCCAGUCUCGGUUCCAGUUCUACUUCCAGCAGAAGGGACAGCUGACCAGCUUCCACCCAUCAUCCUGACUGUUCAGCCCCCAUUCCUCAAAUUUCUCCUGGAGCCUCCAGGGCAGGACCUUGGAGGGAGGGCCAGAGGGCAGGAGGGAACAGGCAUGUGCCCCACAGUGCAACUGUAUGAGGAGGCUAACCUCUCCUCCAAUUUGAGUAGGUCCAAGGCGGGCAGGCAGGAGCCCUUGGGCUGUGUAUUUUAAUAAAUGAGCUUCUUCCUUCACAAGAUGUCUUGGUCCUCACUAG